AUGAAGUCUGCCCUCGCGACUGCGGCUCUCCUCGCCGGAUCUGCCUCCGCACACACGAUCUUCCAAAAGCUCUAUGUCAACGGCGUGGACCAGGGCGAGCUUGUGGGCAUCCGCGCGCCCGACUACGAUGGCCCUAUCAUGGAUGUGACCUCUAACGACGUCAUCUGCAACGGAGGCAUCAACCCGUACCAUACACCUAUCUCCACCGCCGUCAUCGACGUUCCGGCCGGCGCAACCCUUACCGCAGAGUGGCAUCACACUCUCAACCAAGCCGCGGGCGACCCCUCGGACCCCAUCGACGCCAGCCACAAGGGUCCGCUCAUCUCCUACCUCGCCAAGAUCCCCGAUGCAACGCAGUCGAGCGUGACCGGACUGAAGUGGUUCAAGAUCGCGGAAGAAGGGCUCGAGCCCGACGGGACGUGGGCGACGGACAAGAUGAUCGCCAACGCGGGCAAGGUCACGUUCACCGUCCCCAAGUGCAUCGAGGACGGCCAGUACCUCCUCCGUCACGAGAUCAUCGCGCUCCACGCCGCGUCGAGCUACCCCGGCGCGCAGUUGUACAUGGAGUGCGCGCAGCUGAACAUCAAGGGCGGGUCUGGGGCCAAGACGCCCUCGACGGUGUCCUUCCCCGGCGCGUACGCCGGCUCCGACCCCGGUAUCACCAUCAACAUCUACUACCCGACCGUCAAGAACUACACCAUCCCCGGGCCUGCGCUGUUCACCUGCUGA